AUGUCGAGCAAAGCGCUAACACUCAAAAGAAUCGAGGAAAUCGUGGCGCCUCGUCCCGAGGAAAAACAGUAUACUGAGGAUGAACUAAGGGAAUGCGAAGAAGUCCUCAUCGCAUACGCGGAAAAACUGGCCAAAGAAGGGAACCCAGCUGCUGGACCAUUGGUCUCUGAAUUGAAGAAAUUGGAAGAUCGCGAACUGAUCAUGGAAGUCACAUUAGAAGAGAGUAAAAGUGCUUUCGCACUCAAAAACUUCGCAAAGGCCAAAACUUCGCUUGUUCUCGCUAGAACCAAUGCAAAUGCUGGUGCCUAUGUUUCCACAAAGAUGCAGGUAAAUUGGCUCAUUUUACUAAGCAAAUUUACCUGAUC